AUAAAAAAUGAGUACGAAGAACAUGGUUGUCUCUAUGCCAUUAAUUCUGUCUCAGCAACACCAAGAAGAAGAAGAAGAAGAAGAAGAAGAUGCUGACUAUGAAGCUUUGACUUUUUAUUCAAUUUUCACCCACACAACAAUUUUGAUUCAUCAACACCAAAACCCUCUCCGCAUCUCCUUUUCCCAUGGUGUUCACAUUGGGAGCUUCUCUCCCUAUUCUUCACGCCAACCGUCUCCCCACUCCCGUCGUCUCCGCCGCCGCCACCACCACCAAUCCCAGCAGCAACAGCUCCACUUCCCAUUUGUUCGAAGCCACCUUCAUUCGUCGCGCUGCUGAGAUUGCUGAUAAGUCUGCCGGAUUCACCGCUCCUCAUCCCAACUAUGGCUGCAUCAUCACCACCUCAUCAGGUGACGUCGCCGGCGAGGGUUUCCUCUACGGUCAGGGUACUGAAUCUGCUGAGCUUCAAGCAGUCCAAGCUGCCGGUGAGCGGUGCCGUGGUGCUACGGCGUUUCUCAAUUUGGAAUCCAGUGAUUCCCCUAGUGACAACACUGCCGUGGCCGCUUUAGUCCAGGCAGGGAUUGAAAGGGUAGUUGUUGGAAUGAGGCAUCCUUUGCAACAUCUAAGAGGAAAUGCUGUGAAAGCUUUAAGAAGUCAAGGGGUUCUUGUUGAUGUUCUUGGAGAGGAGCUAAAGAGCAGAGCAGUAGAGGAAGCUCGAAAAGCAUGUCUCCUUGUUAAUGCUCCAUUGAUUUGUAAAGCUUCUUCUCGAGUGCCUUUCUCUGUGCUUAAAUAUGCGAUGACCCUUGAUGGGAAAAUUGCUGCAAGUUCUGGUCAUGCAGCAUGGAUUAGUAGUGUUUCAUCUAGACAACGAGUUUUUCAAUUACGAGGAAGAAGUGAUGCUGUUAUAGUAGGAGGCAAUACUGUACGCCAGGAUGAUCCUAGACUGACUGCAAGACACGGUGGUGGUCAUAUUCCUCUACGGGUUGUGAUGUCAAGGACUCUCAAUCUUCCUGAACAAGCAAAUGUUUGGGACACAAAGGGUAUGUCAACCAUGGUUGUGACGCAGAGGGGUACUAAAAGGAGUUUCCAGAAACUACUUGCAUCGAAAGGAGUUGAAGUAGUGGAGUUUGAUAAUCUAAACCCUCGAGAUGUAAUGGAAUAUUUUCAUGAUCGUGGAUUUCUUUCAAUUUUAUGGGAGUGUGGAGGAACACUUGCAGCUUCAGCCAUUGCGGGUGGAGUAAUACACGAGGUUUAUGCAUUUGUUGCUCCUAAGAUUAUCGGAGGGAAGAAUGCUCCAUCUCCCGUUGGUGAGCUUGGCAUGGUCGAAAUGUCUCAAGCUUUGGAACUAAUUGAUGUUGAGUAUGAGAAGAUUGGAAAGGACAUGUUAGUUAGUGGAUUUCUUCAACCAAUAUUAGAUGUUGCUCCAGUAAUCCCUUCCUGUGAUGAAACCUUUGCAAUUGACCCAACAGUUACUCCCUAUGAGCCGAGUAUUAUAUUCUUUUACAAAACAUGGGAUCCUUAUGGCGCUUUUUCAAACUUUUCGCGUCACCCCAUUCAUCUCACAGAUGAAAAUGGCAAUGGUUGCACUUGGUUGACAGUUGAGCAUUAUUAUCAGGCUCACAAAUUUGUGGGUAUCGAUGAUCCUGUAGCUCGGGAUUGUGUGGAAAAGAUAAAAUCAGCAAGAAGUCCAGAGGAAGCAGCAAGGAUCGGAAGAUUAAUGCAGAGGCAACACCCUAAAAUGAUACGAUCUGAUUGGCGAACUGCCAAACUCGACACUAUGUACCGAGCAUUGAAAUGCAAAUUUUCAAGUUACCCUCAUCUGAAAUCUAUGCUGCUAUCAACUGCUGGAUCUGUUCUUGUUGAAGCAUCACCCCAUGAUCUUUUCUGGGGUGGAGGCCGAGAUGGAGAAGGUCUUAACUACCUUGGAAGACUUCUGAUGCAACUCAGAGCCGAGUUCCUCGGCCAGUCGACACACCGAACAGUAGCACCACAGAGUUCAAUUGAUGAAAAGGACUAGAAUGAAGAUCGAAAAUCAGAUGAGUUAAAGAUAGAAUCCAAUGAGCAAUUUCCUCAUUCUGCCCUAAAAAUCAGGUACCGACAAGUUCGUAAUGUAUGUCGAACCAUGUUUGUUUGACCCCGAAAUAGUAUCUGAUUCGGUAGGCAGCUAGAUUUCUGCCUAUUGUAUAAUUUAUAUCUUAUUUUUGAAUAAGGAACGAAAUAAAGAAGAGGAACGUGUUCUCUGUAGAAGAUUUUAAA